AGAGAUCGGGCUUCCCUGUGUGUCACUGGCAAGCUGUCCGAAUGCAGGAAGAGGCCAGGCUUGCUGGGCUGAGAAACAUUUUAAUGCCUGAAUUCUGGAAUGGCUGAAAUCCUACAUGCACAGCUAGACGAAGGUUCGUUUAUUGAAGGAGUAAGCGAUCAAGUGAUUGCUGCUGUUGUCCUCAGCUUGUCCUUCAUUGCCACGCUGCUCUUUUUUCUCUUGAGGAGUGAACAGCAAAACAUUCACCCUGAGAAUCAGGAAAGAGUGAGAGCAGUUCGAGAACAGCUACAAAAUGAACAAGAGGACACACCUACUGCACCUCGCCUGCAGUUCUACUCAGACAUGUCUUGUCCAGUCUGUUUACAGCAAGCCACUCUUCCUGUCGAAACAAACUGUGGACAUCUUUUCUGUGGCCAAUGUAUUAUUGCAUACUGGAGAUAUGGCACCUGGCUUGGUGCAAUCAGUUGCCCUAUUUGCCGUCAAACGGUAACACUACUUUUUCCAAUGUUUGAAGUUGGUGAACAGCAAGAUGCGCAGCAGCUAUUCCAGGAAGUAAAUAGUUAUAAUCGAAGAUUUUCUGGACAGCCACGCUCUUUAAUGGAGAGAAUUAUGGACUUGCCCACAUUGCUGCGCCACGCUUUCCGGGAGAUGUUUUCUGUGGGUGGCCUCUUUUGGAUGUUCCGGAUUAGGAUUGUCCUCUGUGUGCUUGGAGCCUUGUUCUACAUUGUGUUACCCUUGGACAUUAUUCCAGAAGCUCUCUUUGGUAUUCUAGGCUUUCUGGAUGAUUUUUUUGUCUUCUUUUUAUUGCUUAUAUACAUUUCUAUCAUGUAUCGUGAGGUAGUAACUCAGAGGUUAAACAGGUGAAAAAUGUGUGUUGUUUUUUUUUUGUUUGUUUGUUUUUUUGCAUUCAAAACCUUUAAAUAAACUCUAUGCAGGAUUGCUCAAAAGCAACAUACAAAUACAUAACUGGAAUUUUUAAAAAUGAGUAUUCUUGCAUUUUGUGGAGAAUAAGGCUAACAUUUAGGUUUAGUUGCCACUUACCAGUGUUUACUUCACCGUUUUUAUAUUUGCGUCCAAAAGUCUGGAUAACUUGGCAAUGUUUGUUUAUUUCAAAAAUAGGUGCUACGGGGGAAUUCUAAGCAAGUGAAAUUUUGGCUUACUUACCCUUAAAUGUAAAGUCUUCCUUCCAAUACAUUAUAUUUAUGAAGCCUCCAAAAUAAAAUGUAAAGCCACGUUUGCAUUGCUAA